GGUUUGGCGCGCUGCCUGCGUGCCUCCGCAGAGUGUGCGUGCUGGCGCAAAGCUCGUCACCGUCACAACAACAACAACAGGAGGACAAAGUGUCCCGACCCCCCCACAGGAGCCUCUCCCCCCGCAGGACACCCUCGGACCCGUGUCACGAUGGCGGAGACAGUGAAAUACGUGGACGAUGAACAUAAGAGCAUCUUCCUGAAGCUGCUGAACGAGCAGCGGCUGGAGGGCGAGCAUUGCGACAUCGCCGUAGUCGUCGAAGAUGUCAAGUUCCGUGCCCACCGCUGCGUCCUCGCCGCCUGCUCUAACUACUUCAAAAAGCUCUUCAAAAAACAUGAGGUGGACAACUCAUCGGUGAUCGAGAUCGACUUCAUCCGCUCCGACAUCUUUGAGGAGGUUCUAAACUACAUGUACACAGCGAAGAUCUCUGUGAAGAAGAAGGACGUCAACCUGAUGAUGUCAUCAGGACAGAUCCUCGGCAUCCGCUUCCUUGACAAACUCUGCUCUCAGAAACGAGACGUGUCAUCGGAGGACAAAGAGAAGUUUCCAUAUGACAUCGUGAAGAUGGCGCUACCACCCGAGGCUCAGCUAGCCGCUGACUCUGAGGUGCUCGGCGAGCACGAUGACACACCCACUGCAGAUGACCUUGUGGAAGCGUCGUCCAAUCAGGAGCUGGAUAAGUCUCCGAGCGCAGCGCUGCAUGUGCAGGAGGCGAUCCUGAAGGAACUGACCAAUGAGGAUGUGCACAAGGUAACCUGCUAUGAUCAGGACGUGGUGACGGAGAUGGAGGCGGAGCCUAAAGAGCUCGGAGCAGAGCAUCACGCCACACAGACACUCACAUUUGCAGACAGCAUGGGGGAAGUGAAGGACGAGCAGCCGCCCGGAUGGUCGACAGCAACCACCGACAUGAAGUUUGAAUACCUGCUGUACGGACACCGCGAGCAGCACGCCUGCCAGGUGUGUGGGAAGACCUUCCUGGAUGAGAGCCGACUCAGGAAGCACGAGAAGCUUCACUCAGCCGAGCGGCCCUUUGCCUGCGAGAUCUGCACCAAAGCUUUCACCACCCACGCUCACCUGAAAGAACACCUGAAGAUCCACACGGGCUUCAAACCCUACAGGUGUGACGUUUGUGGGAAAUCGUUCAUUCGAGCUCCAGAUCUAAAGAAACAUGAACGGGUUCACAGCAACGAGCGGCCCUUUGCCUGCCAGAUGUGUGAAAAGGCUUUUAAACAUAAGUCUCACCUGAAGGAUCAUGAGAGGAGACACAGAGGAGAGAAACCAUUCGUCUGUCCAUCUUGCACCAAGGCCUUUGCCAAGGCGUCUGAUCUGAAGCGUCAUGAGAACAACAUGCACAGUGAGAGGAAGCAGCUGAAUCCUCUGCAGAGCGACACUGAAACUCUGCAGGCCGCAGCCAUGGCUGCUGAGGAGCAACAUCUGGACUCCAUCAGCUGCUCCUAACAUCUGGACAUCCCUGUAACAUUUGAAUGGACUUUGGUUCAGUUUGGUAGAAGCCUUUUUUCCUGCGCCGAGUCAAUGCACAUGAACUAUCCACGAGAUGAAUUGAGACUCAGUGGUCAUGUGACCCACGUGUUGUCAUGUGACCUUCUUUGGUUACGUAUGAUUUGUACCUUGUCUUUUCAGUUUGAACCCUUCACUUUGAAACUGUAAAUAAAAAACUUCUGCUCAGUUUCAUGAGCACCGGGAGAGAGGACGAACAGUUUAAAUAAAGAGAUAUUAAACUUUA